CUCUCUGUGCAUGCGCUAAAAACCAGUUCUUACUGGUCUAUCACUCUGUAACAGUUUUAAUGUGUUAGGAAAGAGAUUCCAAUCCAUUAGGUAAUUGUGUAUGUACAUAUUAGGUGAGAGUAUGUGUGGGUAUUAUAUAUGUGUGUGUGAGUGUAUAAGAGUGUGAGUGUGAGCAUGUAUGUGAGUUUGUUGCUGUGUGUGAGUGUGUAAGAGUGGCGUGUGUGUGGGAGUGAGCAUGUAUGUGAGUGUGAGAGUCCGUGGGUAUUUGAGUGUAUAAAAUCAUGGCAGGAUUCUAGAAGCAGCCUCGAUUGUGGAAAGAAUCAUGGAUUGGAAACCAGAAGAUUAAGGUAUAUGCUUUACUGUGUCAACUUGAAAGCAUCUUUGAACUUUUAUUGCCUUUGUCUUUGAAACCUGUGGAAUGCAUAUUUACCAACUACCUCCUAUGUGCCAGUAAUACUUUUCUCACCAGAAUCACUGAAUUGUUAAAACUGUAAAUUGUUAAAACUGUCAGCAAGCUUGGUGACUGUUUUCUAAGUGGCAUCAUUACAUGGCAAGUAUGAAUAGUGAUGCAAAUUUUGUGCUACAAAAUUGAAAGGCACAAAUGCACGUGGAGAUGCAUCCCACAUGUAGAGGAAUUUGAAGGAGGUAAUGAAGUAGGAUUUGGUUGGAGGAGAGGAAGCUGAGCCAGGUCAGCAGGUGGCUGGACCCUGGAUGAGCAGAAACAUGGAUAGAAUAGCACCCAAAGCGCAGGUCCCUCUCAUUCUCCUUGGCAAGCAGGAUUCAUAUUUUCUAGAAACCAAAUUGCUUAUUGAUUCUCUGGGGACUGCUCCUGUAAUUCUAGCAGUGAUUUGAUGAUGGGUUAAGUUUUCCGUUUUGUUUCCUAGCUUGGUUGCUGAUGUUUUCUUCAAUAGUGUCAUGGUCUUUAGAGUGAAUGUGUCAUUUGGUCAUGAAGUGGAGGCUUGCACCCCUGUACAUUUCUUGGCUUCCCAUCAGCCUUUGAUUGUUUCUAAAAACCAUUUUCUAGGCCUGUAAUACAUCCAUGCCACUUGUCUACAGAGUUUCAAAAUAGUGAAGUGGAUCUAAACAUUGUUGUGAACAACUGAGCACAGCGAUUGGAUUUUAAGCAUCCCUCUGUUGUUCCUGUUCGAAAGUGAAAGCAGGAACCAAAGAACAAAAUACACUGGUAGCUACAGGAACUUGAUUUAAAUCUGUGCAUUGCCAAGGGCAAGGAGCUGAGAACAUGGAUAGAGAGAAGUUCCAGCAGAAGGCUGUGAAGCAAACUAAGCAGAAGAAAUCCAAGUCGGCUGAAUUUCUGAUGGUUAAAGAAGAUAGAGAAGCUAUGGAAGGCACUGGAAAUCCAGCUUUUAACAUGAGCAGCCCAGAUCUCUCAGCAUAUCAGACUUCGCAAAAGAAUGUUAUUAGAUGUGACAGCCCAGCUCGCACCCUUGCAGCUCACCCACAAGAAUUCAGGCUGCUGGCCUCUGCAGAACCAAAAGGAAAUGAAUACAGCAGAAAUUACUUUGACCCACUGAUGGAUGAGGAAAUAAACCCAAGGCAGUGUGGGAUGGAGGUCAGCAGAGAGGGUGAUGACGCAAUUCUCUAUAAUCGAUUAAUGAAGCUGUUUGAUGAUAGUAGACAAGGAGAACCACAAGAUGGGAGCACCAGGGAGGAAACUUUGGAUUCUGAAGCACCCAAGAGUUCCAAGAAUCAGGAAAUCUACAAAGAAGCUGAUGAAGCCACCCCUUCUUACAUCGAAGAGUUUGAAAAAUACGCUCAAAAAGAUGUAAUUCUACUUGGGAGUUCAGCAUUGCAACAGGAUUUGAAAUUUGAAGGGGAAGGACUCAUUUCUACGUCACAGUUAAAGACUGAUGGAACUUUUGGAAAAACUCCAAGUCAACCAUACGUUACAAGUCCGACUGUUUGUAAAAAGGACAGAGUCCCCAAGCUUGGUGGCCUUACAGUUGUAACGGAUGAUUCCAAGGGAGCAUCAGGACCCUGCUGGAAGGUUGAGCAGUCUCAGCCGCCACAGCCUCUCCAAAUAAGGAUCAAAUGCAUCAGGGGCCUCAAGAACAAGGCUCCCCAAGGCUUUUACCUCCUUAGAGCAUCCUUGCUUGGUCGACCAGGGGGCUGUGUCUUGCCUUGGUGGCAAACAGAGCAGCUGAAGACGAGAACACGUCCAGUAAGGCAUGGUGGAAACUUCUAUGAUGUGGGGCUGUAUUUCCAUGAAAGCCUUUACGUGGCACUCCCUCAACAGAAAGCUGUGAAACCUGGCCUGGCUUUGUUAUUUGAACUCUUCCUUCUUCGUGGGACUUGCGCUGGCCCUGACCGUGUUGUGGGUUGGGCAGUCUUCCCUUUGUGUGACAACAACUUUGAUGUAGUGGAGGGAAAAUUCAAGUGUCCCCUUCUCCGAGGACAUUACGACCAGAAUGUUGGCAACUUCAGGAAAAUUGAAGAUUUGAUUUGCCUGGAUUUGGACAACUGGCUGGGCAAUUUCUAUUUUCAGGUAAUUAAACUUCCUUUGCAUUUGGAUGAUCAAAACCACUUUGAAAGCAAUACUCAGCUUUCUCCUGAAUUUCCGGUUUCUUUAAUGACUGAAGCAGAGAAAGCAGAAAUAGGUGUGGACAAUCCAGCUGACCUUUCUGAAAAAGAAAAGAAAAACAUCUGGGCAUCGACGAAUGAUGAAACUGAAUCCACCUUGGACUCUUCACCAGGGAGCAUUUCUAAUAAAAUUGGUCCCUGCCCUAAGGACUGUGAUCUCAAUCUCUUAAAAGAAGACCACGGAUUACACUCUAAGGGAGAAAGGUUGACAGAUCAUCUUGUGAAAGAAAAAUCAGCUGUUUGGAUAACUGAACACCUCGAAGAUCGUUCACAAGAUACACCUUAUUUGGAGGAACUGGAGGAACACCGGCUUUCAGUUUGCUGCUCCUCAGUUGCUGAUAGAAGGGGAUCUGGAGAAUUUGUCAAGCAUCUCCACUUUGUGCUGAUGUCAGUGUUUUCAGAACUUGGGUUAGCUCAGUGGCAAAGCCAGAGCUUCUGGUACAUUAUCCUGCUGAUGGUUUCUCUGUGGUUCCCGAGGCUCUACCUGCAUUACCUUGGCCAGUGGCUUUUCCUCCAGGCCAUUUCAGUUCCCGUUACAAAAUUCCAGCCCUCCCUUCACACCGUGGAGCUCUGCUACCCGGCCUCUUCACUUCACAGCGGAGAAGAGCUGCCCAUGGUUGUGGUGGGGACUUUACUGCUGAACGCAGUCAUACUUCUUUUGGUUCUGGUCAAAUGGGGCUGUCAGCUACUGUUUGCCUCCUGUCCUGAUGUCUUGUCAAAAUUAAUCACAACCAUGGCUGUAUGGACAGUUCUAGACCCACUGGCGGUGUUUAUUGUGGAUAUAUUCCUGGGGAGGUUUUCACACAAUGAGGAGGCUCCUGUGGCUGAUGCAGCAAAGCUGUACUGGAUGUUUGUAAGAACCAAACAGCUGGGAAUUCUUGGUGUGAUGGUCACCAUGCUACUUUACAUCUUCCUGUUGAUCGUUUCUUCUUUGAUUUUAUACCUGUAUUGUCUCAGGUUGCACAAUGAUUCAUGGAUAUCAGAUGCAUUUCAGCGCAUCCACAGUGAAGAAGUCAAGUUCUUUAUGCCAUAUGAUUUGGAAAUUUCCAAUCAGGAACUAAGUUAUAUAGUGAAGAGAUCUGAGCAGUGGAGAGGAAUCAAUGGAGAAAGGAGGAAGGUGGCAGUGUAUGAUUACAUCUGGAAAAGCCCUGGCCUCCAGUCCAGUGUUGCCAGCUGUGACCUCCAGCAUCAGAAUGGAAUUUCUGUGUCUGCGCGUGGUCCAGGAGAUGUUACUUCUCAUGUGUCCAUAUACACCGUUUAUCCCAGUGGGUUCCAAGAGCUGUAUCGCCAUUUUCUCAGAUGCCCUGGUGGUGCCAUUGUUGAGGUGUUUGGUGAUAUUGGUGGCUUGAAGUUGGUCCAAAGGGAAGUGAUCACAGCUAUUCAGGAGCGUAUAAGUGAAAUGGACACUGUAUUGGGAGAUGCAUUUGAUAUAAAACCAGGAGACAUGCAAAGAAUGCCUUAUAAUAAACCAGAAAUUGGCAGCCCAAAGGAAAGACGAGUAUAAAAGAGAAAAAACUCCUGAAGAAUGACCAUGGCCACAACAUAUUCUAUAAGACAAGCCACCUGCUAAUACAUUAUUGCAAAGCAUGAGUUGUUCAAUACCUGACAGCACAAGUCUGCAGACUGCUUUGUUGCUGUUGUUUCAUAUUUGUUUUCCCUGCCGUUGAACACACUUCACUGAACAUUAAGUAGUAAGCAAUAGGUUCAACAUUUGAGUUUAUCUAGAGCUUUUGUCACAUUAUGUAUUGUAUGGGGGUGUGGUGAAUAGGGGUUUGCUGAGGUUUUCCCACGAAUUCUCUUUUGGUGUAAAGAGCUUUUCUGAUAUUCAGUGGCUCAGUGCCAGCUCCCAGUCCAACUCUGAAAUGAGAUUGUUGUGUUGUCUACUUCAGAAGGAAGUGCUACAUUUGCACUGGGAUCAAAAGAACCUUUUCAGUCUGAACUUUUCUGGAUGUAGAUGUACAGUGAGAUUUUAAAGGAAAACAGAGGGAAAAAGGAACUUUUUAAUUCUUAUUAAUUCCUCCUAUUUUCUGUGACCCUUUAUGGACCAGAAAUAAUAAUUCUGUGAAAAUGUCUUGAUGAGGAUAGUUUUUACAAUCAGACUGUUUGCAAGAGCCUUGAAUAUUAAUAGAGGCACCAGCAUAAAAUUCCUUUAAGUAGUAAACAUUUAUUUACACAGUAUGAAACCGUACCCAAAAUUCAAGAUAAGUUUCUGGGACAUUAAAAUCUGCCAAUUUAGUCAUCAGUGUUCUUCAUGUGGUAAAGAUAACUUAUAGUACUAAUAAUUAUCUUCCAAAAAUCUACUAGUAAUACGAUAUCUGUAAACUCAUGCAUCUUUCUCAAUCAUUUCAUUGGUAGCUUCAUAUCUAGUACUA